AUGAGUUCAAUACCCAAUAUCAAUUGGAAUGACCCUAACAAUGGUAAAUCCAAUACCUCUCGUCAAUCACAACCACAACCACAGCUACCAAGUAAUGUAUCUCCCCCUAAUAGCAGAGCAGUGCCAACGUCAGGGUCAAUAGGCGGACCUCAGUAUGGGAGCUCACAAUUUUCAAAUGAGUAUUCUCGAAAUCCUAAUACAAUAGGCGGUCCACCAUUUCCAUUACAGCUGAACCAGCGAGGGUAUAUGCCAAACACUGGUUAUCCGGUACAACAAACGGCGCAACAGAGAAGCGGCGAUAAACUACAGCAGGUUCAUUCCCAACAACAACAACAACAACAACAACCAUUGUACCAGCAAUAUCCGCCACAAUCUGUAGGUUACCUAGCGGGUGAUGUGUACAAUCCCCAACACCAAGAAUAUGUGCAAAUGAAUCAAUUGCCCAAUCAGCAUUACAAUUUGCAACAAAGACAACAGGCACAAGGACAACAACUCAAACUGCAACUAAACGAGCAAAAUGCCAUGAUGUCUGCCUCGACUCAACAAUAUCCUGUCCAGGAUUUUACAAAUCCUUACCCCAAUGCACAGAAUCCCGCAGAACAACAGCAACAGCAACAACCUCUUCGAACCCAGUCACAACAAUGGGACGGCUACCAAUCUCAACCUUUGUAUUCUGCUGCUGGUAAUACUAUACCAUCCUCAAUCCAGCAGCAAAUACCACCACAGAAUUUGUCUCCAUCAGAGCAGCAACAAGUCAAGCAACAACAGCCACUGCCGCCAGAACAAGGAACAAAGAAAAAACCUGGUAGAAAACCAAAAUUAAGAAAAUUAUCGGAACUGAGUUCUGAAACACCACAAGUUCCAAAAACAGCAUCCAGUUCUUCGAGCUCACCAACUGCAGUCAAUUCUGGUAAACCAAUUACAAAAAGAUCGCGUAUGGGAUGUCUUACAUGCCGUCAAAGAAAGAAACGUUGUUGUGAAACAAGACCAAGGUGUACCGAGUGCACUAGACUUCGUUUGAACUGUACAUGGCCCAAACCUGGUACAGAACACAAAAACAAACCUAAGGAUCAAAAGGAUGACGAAAAUACAAUUGAACAUGCCGAGUUUGGUAGAAUCAAAGUUUUGAGAGGUAUUGUUGAAUACAGAAGUAAAUAA